CAGAUAGCGGGCUGUAUUGGAGAGGCAGUUUAUUGUUUGGAGUAUUUUAUUUUUCUGUGCGUUUGCGAUACUUUGGAUAUUUAUCAUAUUUAUUUUCAAAUGAAUUUUUGCAGUUAAGAAUAAGGGAAUAUAUGAAAUGUUAGUUAGAAAAUAUUACUUUUUUUAUCAUAAUUAUAUCGAAUAUUGCAAGCGUAUUAAGACGGAUUUUUAAUCAUUUUUUGUAAUCACCGUUUGAUUUGUGGUAAAUAUAAUUAUGAAGUUUUUAAAUAACAUUGAAUCGCAUGUGUGAAUGAAAACUCGUAAAGGGAAUUAUUUUUCUUCCAAAUUGUUUCGCUUGUCAUUAGUUACACGAAGACGAUUUGUUCAUUUCUUUAAUCUGUAGAAAAAGAUGACUUUGUUCGUUUACGUUUAAUAGCGUAUGAGGAUUAUAAAGCCGUGAAGACCGCCGAGAUACAAGGCUAGUGCUUGCCUGUCGCUGUUCCUGGUCAGAAGAGUUCAGAUUUCUAUUUGGUAUCACCUGCCCAUGCCGUUCUACAAUGACAACUAUGUCAAAGGUAUUCGAAGAAAGAACUGACACACUUCAAGGGAAUGUGAUCUCGUUCCUGUACAUUGUGUGUACUUAGAAGCUAUCAGGAAUUUCUCUGCCGAAGAAGGUCCUACGUUUAAAUAAGGAAUUUGAAACUGCAUUUCUGAAAUAGUGUUUUGGAUAUAUAUUUUAAAUUUGUUGAUAAAAUUUGUGUCGAUAUUAGAUUUCGAUGAGAAAAAUACCUAAUAGUUAACAAGUAAAACAGGGAGAAUUUUGAUAAUGAUUACUGUAGAACAAUCAGAUAGACAUUUUACAACCCGUCUCAAGGUCAAGUAUGAGGAUUAUAAAAACUUUGAAUGAAGCGACGAUACUACCAGACUGUUUGUCAGUGUACAUCAUUCCGAGGCUGAUCAUCUCAUUGUACGUCAUCACAAUUGGAUACAAAACCGUUUCUGGUUCAAGAGUAAAGACCGUUGCACAGUUACCAUCGUUCAGAGAAACACAGUCGAAUUAUACAUUUCUAGCGAGAGAUUCAGCUGUCCUCUUCUGCUCCAUACAAAACCUUGGUGCCAGAACCGUAGUUUGGCGCAAGGCAACCUAUCCAAAUCCACUUACUGUUGGAAAAAUGACUUACGUGCCGGACGACAGAUACCAGGUCCAUCAUAUCCCUGAGAGAGGAGAAUGGAACCUGAAUAUCAAAAACAUACGACUCAACGAUUCCGGCAUAUAUGAAUGUCAAAUUAGUACAAAAGAAAAAUACAUUCGUAAACUAAUACAGGUAAUAGUAAAAGAUAGGCCAUAUGCGGACCCAGCUAUUGGUAUCAACGGACCUCAGAAAAUAAGAAAGGGCGAAAUUCUUGUGUUAUCAUGUAACGCAACUGGCGGGAAAUCAGCGCCCGACGACCUUGACUGGAUCAAGGACCACCGGAAACUAAUAUCGGACAAAUCGGGAAGAAUAAACAUUACAAAACACAUAUCAUAUGUCACAAACACUAUUAUAAGCAAUUUGACAAUCAAACAAGUGGUGUCAAAUGAUGCAGGGGCAUAUGAGUGUAGGACAACAGAUGCGAUGGUGAAAAAGGUCAACAUAGAUGUCACAGGUGAAGGUUCAGAUAAGGAUAAAAGAACCAUUACACAGCACGCACCUGCUACAUCAUGUGCUACGACAUCAACUUUUGUGCUCUACGUUUUCGUAUUUUGUGUACAUUGCUCAUUCAGAUAUAGAAGUGUGUUACAAUUAUUGACUACAACAAUACAAUUCUGGAUAAUGUUAUUGCAUUCUAUCACGUCAUGAAAUAUAUUAGGAAAUAAAAUAUCUAAUCGUCUUUUGGUGUAAACAGUACACAGAAGGUUGCUCUAGUAUCCAGUGUAAACACCAAAAUUGUAUCUGAAAAUGGCUGGAAAUCUGGAAUAUAUCAUUGUUAAAUGGUACUGUGGUCUGAAUGUUAUACUGAAACAUGAGUUUUGAGUAUUACAAAAACGAGUAGAUUUAUACCAGGGCUUAGGAAUGUACGAUAAUAACAGACAGUUACGAUCUAACACGUUGUAUACUAUUGAUGAAUGAUGCGGAUUACAAGUUUACACAAAAAUGAACAGACUAUGUAUUUGUACUGGUUUUAUGGUAUUUGUUAUUACUUAAGUCUUGAUUUUCUGUUUGAUUGAUACAUUUUCUAACAUUAAGAUUUGUUUAUUCUCUUCCCUAUCUGACUGAUUUCAGUAGAGCCCAAGAUAUGACUAGAUGACAUUUGAGCAAGUUUUUCACAUACCAACACGAUGGAUUUCUUUGAUUUGAAUUGAAUUCCUUUGGCAGGACAUAGUUGCAAAUAAUUACACUGUCGUACACUCAGCGAAAAAAAUAAAUAAAAAUUCGUACUUAAUAUUUCAACGGCUGUUUUAAAUUCACAUUGAAAAUAUGAAAUUGCAUACGGGUUGAUUUAUAUUUUCAUGGGCAUUUGUAAGUGGCAGUAUCAGGAAUAUCGUUGAUAUGAGUUAAUCUUUACAUCUUUCGAUUGACAUUUCAUUCAUUUUCGUAGUUAUCUUGCCAAAAACUUAAUGGACCCAUGCUCGUUGCCAUAGACUGCAUUAUAUUUGUAAAUGAGAUGAUUUUUUAAUUAAAAAUACGUAACAGGAAACAAAUCUUCUAAUAAGUGGAAACAUUUCCGUAUCAUGCAACUUGAAGAUAAAUACAAUAUUUCUUGCUUUGAUUGAUAGUGUAUGUACCCCUUUGUUUUGAUCUCUUUAAUUCAAUGAUAUAGACUGCAUAUUUCAUUUCUGUUUUAAAUACAAAUAUAUUUAUCUAUAAGAAAAUGCUCCAUUUCUUAUGCCGAUAUGUUUGCUAGACGAAUUAUCAAAAUGCCAUAAGUUUCAUCGUAAAGCUGCAUUUAUUAUUUCACUCACCUGUUUUGGUUUACACAGGCUAUGAACUGAUCUAUCAUCCUGUAUGUACUAUUCCUUCAAUUUCAAACAUUGUGCAUUAUCUGUAUAACGUAACAAAGCCUGUUUAUUGUCUGUGAAUAAAUUCAUUACGCCGGCAGCACUGAAUUAUUUUAAAAGCAAGCACGGACAAAGGCCCAAUAGAAUGUAUGUCACUUUCAAAGAUCACAACCUCUCAUACAAGAAUUGCUGAAAAAAAGAGAAUAAUUUCCGAUAAGCGAAUGUUCUAUUGUAACAAAUGUGCUUCAAAACUACAUCAAAUUUAAUAUAAAUUGUUUUAUGUUUUACAGUUCCGCCAUAUUGGGUGUAUUAAAACGUUUCUGUACAGACGAGUUUCAGGUUUUCCACAGUUAUUUCUGUAGUAACCUUUCGAAACAAAGUUUGGACAUAAAACAUUUUACAUUUGUAACAGUCGCAAGAUAUUCGAAAAUAUAUACCUUAUUUCAUUCCAACGCAUUACGUAGGGCAGUAAAUAAACUUAUCUACUCGUGGCCUUCUGUAACUUAGUUCACACUGUUUCAUUGCCAAGAAAUCAAAGUAGAUUUAGUAUGUAAAAGUCCACUAGUUUCUACUGAUAAUGUUUUUAUUUGUUUGGUAAAUAGAGAAGAAAAAGGACAAACAUCCGAUCGAAAAAAAGCCAUUUACAAGCAAUGUAACAACACAUACAUGUAUCAAUAUAUUAUCAUGUAUAUGUAUUUAAAACGAAAUGUGUAAAUCAUUCGUAUGUUUAGAAAUAAGGAUCUGUGUAGUAGAUGUAUGACUUCGAACAACUGGUAACGGUUGCGUUUUCUCUUGACAGUGUUUCUGAAUAUAAACUAUUUUGUUAUUUCACGGGUUUUGUAUAGUUGAUAUUUUAAAUAUAUGUGUAUAUCUGUCGCUCUUUAUUUUUGUUGAAAUAUAUGUAUAAUUUGUAAUUGUGUGUAUUGAGAACAAGCACAAAGUGUUGGUUGUAAAUAUUAUUUUAUAGACAUAAUAACAUAUGAAAUAAAAUAUGUUCAGAUUUA